AUGGUAUUUAUUUAUGAAUAUGUUACGGAGGUCGGUUCGACGAUUAGGGGUGUUAGUUUCACUAUUAACGAUAAUUUACACCAUCAUACUUUUACUUAUCAACCACCCGAAAUACCAUGUAUAAUAAAAUUCCGGAAGAGACAAAGAAUCGUCAGUGUUUUAAAUAAAUUGCCCUCCCAACGUAGUGUACCACCCAAAACCCAGUCAGAGUUGGAAGCUCACGAAUUCAAGAAAAGCAUUGUGAAAAAUUUGGCAGAACCAUAUGUCGAUGACGAUCACAAUUUUCAAAAAAUAUUGCAUAUGUCAAAACCUAUACGAAACUACUUUAUUGCACCAAAUCGUGUUUUUCAUCUGGAUUUGAAAGGUGCUGCUCCAAAAAUGGACUACUUGCUGAAACUUGUGCCAUUUGUAAAAUUAAUUGGAGCAACAGGCAUAAUGAUUGAGUAUGAAGAUAUGUUCCCUUUUACCGCACAGCAUGUCUGCACAGGCAAGCUUAGCGUUGUGAAAGCUGGAAAUGCCUACAAUUUGGAUGAAUUGCGACGUUUUCUUCAUGUAAUUCAAACACAUAAUCUUGACAUCAUACCUCUUGUACAAAGUGUGGGACAUUUAGAAUACAUUCUGAAAUACCCAAAGUUUGCAAAAUAUCGUGAAGAGGAACGUUAUCCUCAAGUGAUUUGUCUAACAGAUGAAGAAGCAGUUGAUUUAGUUCUGGAGGCAUUGAAGCAGGUAUUGAAUUUACAUAAGGAUUUUCCUUUGAAGUAUUUUCACAUCGGAGCAGAUGAAGUUUUCCAGUUUCAACAUCAGGUUGGUCGUUGUGAAAAUGACAAAAGGUUCAUGAUAAGCCAUAAUGUCGAUACUGAGUUCUUAUUUCUCAAGCAUAUUGCACGAAUAUCGAAAUUUGUGAAAGCACAAAUAGCUAAAAAGGGCGUUAAAAUAUUAAUUUGGCAUGAUAUGUUGGUGAAUUUGCAGCCUCAAAGUAUUUUACGACAUGGUUUGAAUAAAUUGGUGGAACCAGUAGUAUGGAAUUAUAUGGAAAAUUUGGAUGAUCAGCUUUUUCCUGAUUUUUGGCAGCGAUUAUCUUCCAUGUUUCCAUAUGCCUGGGGCGCUUCUGCUUAUAAAGUUGAGCUUUUGACAGACAUCUUAAGUGCUGAUGGUCCCGAUCAGUAUGCAUCUAAUGUUCAACAUUACUUAAACAAUCAUAUAAGCUGGUUGAAGCAAAUGAAUGAACAUCAUUCGAAAUUCAAACAAUUUCGGGGUAUUAUUGUUACUGGAUGGCAAAGAUUUGAUCACUUUGCUAUUAUAUGUGAAAUUAUACCAGUUGGUCUUCUUUCUGCUGCUGUAAAUAUGGCAGUGUUAAAAAAUGGACAAUAUGAUUCUGGAGUGCUGCAGUCGGUUUCCCAGUUAUUAAAGUGUUCUUCCAUACUGUAUUUCGACAAAAAUCCAUCUUCAUUCAUUCCGCAAUGCACUUUUCCUGGUGUACACAUUUUUGACGCCAUUCAGACUUUGCGCUCUACAAUAAUUUCAGUCGAAGAGCAAGUUUUCAAUGAUUAUCAGGUCCGUGGAUGGAUAGCAAGAUUCAAUGAAAAGCAUUCAUACACGCAAGCGUGGUAUCUUGAUCAAGUGUUGUACAAAGUUAAAUCAUUUCUUCGUGAAAUGGAGCUUUGUGAACGAAAUAUCAACUUGAACACAUGUUUCAGGAGUCAAAUGCGGACUGUUUUUCACAAUGAUACAAUAGCAGAAUUUGUCUUCAUAUAUGUAAAACCAACUCUUAAACGUUUAGAAGAACUCUCAGAACGAAUAGAUAAGCUGUCUCAGCUCCGUGUCUUUCCAGGACGACCGUUUCCUGUGCAAGACUUUUGA